CGCACCACUCACAAAGUAGCAGAACGAACUGAGCAGACGAUGUGAUAAAAAUGGAAUGGGCUCUUCCAGUUCUUCAUCAUUGAGUGUAAUUAAUCGGUUGCCUUCACUGGAGUGAGUGCGUGUCAUCAGGUAUGACACUCGCGUGUAGUCCAAUGAGUUAAACACGCUGCAUAUAUUUACAAACACAACGUCCCACGUGAAACUAAGAAAAAAUACUGCCCAUUGUUGGGUCACAUGAUUCAUUCAUUUACAAUCCUCUUGGAGAGACAAUCUUUACCUCUUGUUUGGAAGCGAUACAGCUUUAUUGAUUUUGUGGCGCGUUGGGCGGUUUCAAGAUGCCUUUAUCGCGGGACCGUCGGGUUGGAUAUCCUCUCCUCUUCGUGCUACUCACAAUUUUCCCAGUGCUUGGACGAUAUGUAUCGAAUGUUGACAGGAUCCUAGCUAAAAAGGAUACAGAUUUAAGUAUAACUCCCCUCGUCGCCAAUGUGAAUGACGACGCUCCAAGAGAUACAGUACUGCGAUCACGACCACCAUCAGAAAUCGCAAAUCUCCUCAACGACCUACUAAAUGACGUCAUUUCUAGUGAUUCGACAUCGUUAUCUUCCGCAUCAUCAUCGCUUUCAAGCGAACCUUUAUUUUGGGGGAGGAGCUUCAGCGAUGCCCGUCUCUUAGGUGACGUAGUCAGCGACCAAGGUGACGAUGUCCAGACUGUCAACGAUGACGGUAUGAUAGCUGGUCGGACUAUGGCAGCCAAUACUCGUACAAGAUAUCGCCCAGGAUUUCGACGUGCGUCUGAUGUGUAUGGCAUAGACAUGGCACCUGCUACUGCCAAAUACAUCACAUUUACCAAUGCUUCAUAUGGUAAAUGCGGAGUGCGUCCGCCUGUCCUACCGGGGGUUCACCGUAUAGCAGCAGGAAGUGAUGCGGUUGAUCGAUGGCCUUGGCAGGUUAUGCUUCUUAAUGCUACAACAAGAGAACCAUUCUGCGGAGGCACUCUCAUCACCAACGAACACGUCUUGACUGCAGCUCAUUGCUUCCAUGGGAAGAACAUCCAUGACAUCACCAUCCGCAUUGGCGAACAUGAAAUCUCGUACGAUGACGGCUACGAACAGGACUUCGAUAUUGACUGCCUUCACGUCCAUCGUAGGUUUGAAAUCUCGUCCUAUCGUCAUGACAUCGCACUCAUUAAACUCGCCACCAACAUCACCCAUACCGUUCAGUUGAGUGAUUACGUAAGACCAGCUUGCUUACCUGAGCCUAUGGAGUUUGAAGAGGGCCAUUCGUGUCACAUCACUGGUUGGGGCUAUAGGGGAUAUGUUGACUGGUACCUGAACACCAGACCUGAUACUCUACAGGAAGCAACAGUGCCACUACACACCAACAGAGAAUGUAAGGAUGCUUAUGGUACUCGGGUCAAAGCCAAGAUGGUCUGCGCUGGUUCGCGGCUCCAUGGGCAACGAGCAGACACCUGUAAGGGGGACAGUGGGGGACCGUUGGUAUGUCAGGCCAGCGAGACCGGUCCUUAUAAACUGUGGGGAAUCACAUCAUGGGGAGAGAACACAGUCUGUGAUCCUAACCCAAGGAUGUGGAAACCAGGAGUUUAUACAAGAGUAGAGAGAUACCUGAGAUGGAUCCAGAGGAAGUUGAGAUCUAGGAAAUGCUGGUGAGAUGGGAGUUUUACGAGGGUGAUGCUGGAACAGGGGGAUUACUUCAUAUACCAUAAACCCUGGUAGCAGUGUCUCAGUGUGGUCUCUGUAGUUUCUGAUACGAGUCUGAAACAGAGGUCUAAAUGUUGGUUAGAUAGCUUUAAGUCUGGAUGAUGCUGCUGUAACAAGGAGAUCAAAGACCACUACACCCAUGACACCGAAUGGCAGUUAACCGUGUAAAGUUGGUUUUCUCAAAGUGUGCAUCCUCUGUCUUCUGAGGUGACUUUGAAGCAGAGGUCCAUCUAGGAAAUGCUAGUGAGAUGGGUUUGACAAAGGUGAUGCUGGAACAGGGAGUUUUAUCUCAAAGACCACAUUCCCAGAUGGCCGUUAGCCAUAUUGAGUUGGUUUUCUUAAAGGCUGUCCUCUGACAUGACAUUGAAGCCGAGGUCUAGGUGACGGUGAGAUGACAAUCAUGACCUGUCUACACGAUGAUGCUGAGAC